AUGCGUGAGGCCGGAUGCCUGGGCCCAAGGGGGCCGGCAGGGAAGGGUCGUUGUCCGAGGGAGUCCGUGGAACUCCCUUGUGAUCAUGAUAUUGGGGGCUUCUGCCGCUCUGCCAGAGAGAUCGGACAGGAGCCGGGUCUACAGGGGUUAGAGCUGGUGAAGACCCGCAGGGCUGAAGAGGGGCCGGGACACGGAUCCGGUGCAACAAUCCAAUGGUCUCGGUGGCUGUCACUCCAUCCUUCCCGUUCAGACUCUCAGGCCAGAACGUGGGGCGACAGCCUGAAGGCUCAGGGAUCCAGAGAAUCUAAGCUAGAGAUAACUGGGACAGGACAAAGCCUUCGUUCCCCUGCCAAGAAGGAAGGGGAGGAGCGGAGUGGAAAGGCACCGCGGUGCCUGAGGGGGCUGAAGGGAAGCUUGCGUGGUCCGUGGAAGAGGGAGGGCAGGAAUGCCCGCCGGCCUGUCAUUCGUGGGACUCUUUUGCGGCAGAGGAGUGGCUGGCAGCAGCCUGCUGAGAGGCACCUUGCUGAGCAGUUUGGCAUCUUGGAGUGGCAGCAGCUAUUGUCCGGUUUAGUGGCCUCAGCUUUAGUGCAAGGAGAAGGUGGUGCGGGAUUUCCCCUCCAAGGAAAUAUAGCUCUUCCCCAAGUCAGCAACAUAGAGGAGAAAGAAGGAGGGACUUCUGGAGUCCUGGAUGCCAGGUUUCAGGAAUCUUUGACAUUCAAGGAUGUAGCUGUGGAGUUCACCUGGGAAGAGUGGAGACACCUGGAUCCUGCACAGAGGGCCCUGCACACGAAUGUGAUGUUGGAGAACUAUGAGAACCUGGUCUCCAUAGGGAUUCCAGUUUCCAAACUAGAUUUGUUCUUCCUGUUGAAGAGAGAAGAUGUACAGAAUGAAGAGGGAGAAGCUGGGACAGGUACUUGUAUAGAAGGAAAGAUCAGACUUGAAAUGAAAGAGAUGACUGCAGAGUUAAGCCUUUCUGGGGACGAAACUCAGAGGCAAAGAUGCAUUGGUGAUGGUGCCUGUGAUUCCACUUGGAGAGAAAACUUGGAUGUACAUCAGAAAAUCGACACUGGAGGGAAACCUUACGAAUGUAAUCAGUGUGGAAAGGCUUUUACCCAGAAGGCUAGUCUUAUCAAACAUCAGAGAAUCCACACUGGAGAGAAACCUUUUGAAUGUAAUCAAUGUGGAAAGACUUUCAGAGGUAGGGACGGUCUCAUACUACAUCAGAGAAUCCACACUGGAGAGAAACCUUUUGAAUGUAAUCAGUGUGGAAAGGCUUUUAUACGGAGAGCCAGGCUUAGUGUACAUCAGAGAAUCCACACUGGAGAGAAACCUUUUGAAUGUAAUCAAUGUGGAAAGACUUUCAGAGGUAGGGACGGUCUCAUACUACAUCAGAGAAUCCACACUGGAGAGAAACCUUUUGAAUGUAAUCUGUGUGGAAAGGCUUUUAUACGGAGAGCCAGGCUUACUGUACAUCAGAGAAUCCACACUGGAGAGAAACCUCAUGAAUGUAAUCAGUGUGGAAAAGCAUUCAGAUGUAGAAAGAGGCUGGUUGCACAUCAGAGAAUCCACACUGGAGGGAAACCUUAUGAAUGUAAUCAAUGUGGUAAAACAUUUGAAAAGAGAGCUUAUCUUACUGUACAUCAGAGAAUCCACACUGGACAGAAACCUUUUGAAUGUAAUCUGUGUGGAAAGGCUUUUAUACGGAGAGCCAGUCUUACUGUACAUCAGAGAAUCCACACUAGAGAGAAACCUUUUGAAUGUAAUCAAUGUGGAAAGACUUUCAGAGGUAGGGACGGUCUCAUACUACAUCAGAGAAUCCACACUGGAGAGAAACCUUUUGAAUGUAAUCAGUGUGGAAAGGCUUUUAUACGGAGAGCCAGGCUUACUGUACAUCAGAGAAUCCACACUGGAGAGAAACCUUUUGAAUGUAAUCAAUGUGGAAAGACUUUCAGAGGUAGGGACGGUCUCAUACUACAUCAGAGAAUCCACACUGGAGAGAAACCUUUUGAAUGUAAUCUGUGUGGAAAGGCUUUUAUACGGAGAGCCAGUCUUACUGUACAUCAGAGAAUCCACACUGGAGAGAAACCUCAUGAAUGUAAUCAGUGUGGAAAAGCAUUCAGAUGUAGAAAGAGGCUGGUUGCACAUCAGAGAAUCCACACUGGAGGGAAACCUUACGAAUGUAAUCAAUGUGGAAAGGCUUUCACACAUAGGUCCACUCUUACUGGACAUCAGAGAAUCCACACUGGAGAGAAACCUUAUGAGUGUAAUCAGUGUGGAAAAGCAUUCAGAUGUAGAAAGAGGCUGGUUGCACAUCAGAGAAUCCACACUGGAGGGAAGCCUUACGAAUGUAAUCAAUGUGGUAAAACAUUUGAAAAGAGAGCUUCUCUUACUGUACAUCAGAGAAUCCACUCUGGAGAGAAACCUUACGAAUGUAAUCAAUGUGGUAGAACAUUUGAAAAGAGAGCUUAUCUUACUCUACAUGAGAGAAUCCACACUGGACAGAAACCUUUUGAAUGUAAUCUGUGUGGAAAGGCUUUUAUAUGGAGGAACAGUUUUACUGAACAUCAGAGAAUCCACACUGGAGGGAAGCCUUACGAAUGUAAUCAAUGUGGUAAAACAUUCACACAGAGGUCCAGUCUCACUGUACAUCAGAGAAUCCACACUGGAGAGAAAUCUUAUGAAUGUAAUCAAUGUGGAAAGGCUUUUAUACAAAGGACCAAACUUACUGUACAUCAGAGAAUCCACACUGGAGAGAAAUCUUAUGAAUGUAAUCAAUGUGGUAAAACAUUUGCAAAGAGAGCUGCUCUUACUGUACAUCAGAGAAUCCACACUGGAGAGAAACCUUUUGAAUGUAAUCAAUGUGGAAAGGCUUUCAGAGGUAGGGAUGGUCUCAAACUACAUCAGAGAAUCCAUACUGGACAGAAACCUUUUGAUUGUAAUCAGUGUGGAAAGGCUUUUUCACAGAAGUAUGGUCUUACUGUACAUCAGAGAAUCCACACUGGAGAGAAACCUUAUGAAUGUAAUCAGUGUGGAAAGUCUUUUACACACAAAUCUGGUCUUACUGUACAUCAGAGAAUCCACACUGGAGAGAAACCUUUUGAAUGUAAUCAGUGUGGAAAAGCUUUUACCCAGAAGGCUGGUCUUACUGUACAUCAGAAAAUCCACACUAGAGAGAAAUCUUAUACUGGCUUAGUAAAGUCCUCAGUCAAAAGUCAACCCGUAUUUUCUCUCAACCACUGCCAAGUCAGUAAACAAUAGUCCUUGGCGGCAGCUGUGUGCACCCCAGCCAUACCUUUGGGAACUUUUGCUCUACUGAUGACCCUGGGGUCGCCUGCUAACUAAAGGAAGAUUGCAGGACCCUCCACUGGCCCUGGACGUGGGGCGUCAGCACAUUGAUCAGACAUGGUCCCAGGCUGUGCCUAAUGAUGGAGGAGCGCACAAGUAAGAGCAAUGGUUUUGUCUCUCUUGGAAGUAAUCCAAGGCUAAGAUUUGCAUAAUUCAAGCUGAAUCCCUUUCCUUUUCCCGAUGGAAUCAUGAAUAUGAUUACUACUUCAAUUUAGGAAGAUGAGAAAUAGAGACUGCUUGGUGUCUCAUAGCAUGAGACUUCAGGGGCCUAGAAAGGAGCCUCCAUGAUCUUCAGUGUUAGAUCUAGUCAUUUAAAGGUGAUUAGGUACAAGAAAAAGUGUAACAUACUGAAGCCAGAGCGUGCAUUGACUACUAGGAAAGACAUCCGAAUGCAGAAUGGCGAUUGAGAUUGGGCCAGGUGUCAGCCCUGGCCUAGUCUGUUAGUCAGUAAACGUUAAUGAAGCACCUACUAUGUUCUAGCCUCUGAGGACACAAAGUGUAACAAAAGACAGUCCCUGUUGUCAGAGCUCAGAAUCUAGUAUACAAACAUAGUGAUAGUUCAAGAAGAAGUAAAAGAUCAUGAACCUGAAUUUUAAAUGAUCCAGGGAAAAGAAGGUGUUUUAUGAAUGGAAAUCCAUUUAGUUAAACAGGGAAAUAAGUGAAUAGAAAUAUGAGAACAAUUACAGUUUAAGAAGGGCAGAAUUGGGGAACAGAUCGUAAAAAUCAAAAUCAUAAGGAAAAAAGUAAUAUCUAGCAGUUAAAUAGCACCUACUGUGUGCAGUGCAUUUCAUCAAUAUUAGCUCUUUUGGUUCUCAUAAGAACCAUAAGGGUUUAGUGUAAUAAUUAUUCUCAUUUUACAAGUGAAGCAAAUGGAAUGAGCAGAGGACUUAUGACUCGCCUAGGGUCAUAGUACUAGCGAAUGUCUGGGAUUGGUAUGCUUCUAUCCAGUGUACCAAAAAAGUAAAAAUGCUCAUAUAUGAGUGAGGUUGAAAAUGAGAGAAGUUCACAAACUUUCUUGCUGAGGGAUGAACAUGCCUUUUUUUUGUUUGUUUUUAGCUCCUUAGCCAGUCAGCAAGCUGAAUGGCAAUUUAACAUUUAAAAUUCUUCUUACUUUCUCCCUUGUGCCACUUAACUGCGCAAUUGGAAUCGGUUGAUACAAGCAGUAGCCAUUGUUUCAGUACCAUGAAUGUAGCUGAAGCAAACACUAUGGAAGCAUUUAGAGUUUGAUCAGACAUCAACGACUCCAAGAUAAUUCACCGUAUCUGGGGGUAUUGCAAGUCAUCUUGUCUUUUGCAACAUGAGCAAUAUGGAAAUCAGUUUUAGAUGACUGCACAUAUAUAAUCUAUAUCAGAAUGCUUGCCAUCUCAAGGAGUCGGGUGAGAAAGUAGGAAGGUACAGAAUUUGAAACUCCAAAUUUAAAAAAAUGCUGGAUCACCAUGGCCAAGAUAGCAGACAGAAAUCAGGGAUUUACCUCAGGUUUCUCAAAUUCUCCUCGAUAUGACUUUAAUAUAAUGUCUCAAAACAUUCUGUAACAGAAGAACUCCAAAAAGGAUGAGGUUAAAGAAUUUUUCUGCCUAGAGACUUUAGAAGGUCAGCAGGAAAGGUCACUCCCACCAUGGUGAAAGUGGAGCAAAGUCUAGCACAGGCUAACAGAAUAAUAGCAAGGCCAUGCCUUACUCUGUUAGCAGCAAAGCCAUGUGCCCUGACCCAUCAGCAGCAGGCCCUUAAGGGAACUGAACUGGCAGCAACAACUUGUGGAGCUCUUAGUCCACAGACAGAAAGGGCAGGGGGCAGUCAGACAACUUAACAGAAGAUCAGAGGUCCUUUUUGUAGCAUUGUGUGCAGGAGUCUGUUUUGUAGCUCAUAUGUGGAUUCUAGUUUCAGGCCUGGUGGCAGUCCCAAUGUAAGAACCUCCAUUAGUGACAAGCUCUAGAAGUAGUAGAAUUUGCACCCAUGAGGGAUUUGGGAUGUUGAUCACAGUUCCAAAAUGUAAAAUAAAAGGCUGGUUAUUCACAGUCCAGAGUAUAGGGCAAGAGAGUAGUGAACAUAUUUCUUUGUAUAUCACAUCACCUUGGAAGAAGUGAAAAUGUAUAGAAACACUCCACCCCAUUCCAGCACCACCUCUGAAAGCACUUACAUUUAAAAACAAAACACCAAGCUUCAAACAAUGCCUCAUCUACCCCAGGAGCAGACUUCAAAUUUAGCAUAAAAGUCAAGAAAUAAGCUACGGAAAUGAGCAAACAACUUUGAAAAAGCACUUCACCAUAAAAAGUUACUGUGGUGACAAGAAGAUCAAAACAAACUGAAAAUGACAAAGUUUCAAUGAAAAAUGUGAAUUGAUUUCAGGAACAAAAAAAAUCCUAGAAGAGCUCAAAAAAGUAUUUUACAACUCAAAUAAGAGAAAUUAGAGGGAAAUUGAGAAAAUAAUUGAGUUUUAAAUAAAAUCAAUUUUUUAAAAUGGUCUGUAGUUUGGUAAAGUAGGCACUAAAAUACUGAAUAAAAAGAUGUUAAAAAACAAUAAACCAAGUGAUGAAAAGGGCACCAAAAUCCAUUGAAAAAAGGAACUUCUUUAAAAUCAAAAUUGGCCAAAAGAUAUGAUAUAUACAAAAAUAUAUUGAAGAGAACUUCUUAAAAAGUAGAACUAGCCAAAUGGAAGAGACUCUAAAUGAACACUGUAAUGAGAAUAUCAACAACAUAGAAAUGGGUUUGAAUCAAGGACACAUGUGAUCCCCAGUGGAAUCAUGCGUUGGCUGUGGGAGGAGGUGGGGAGGAAAAGAUAAUGAUAUUUGUUUCCAAGGAAUAAUGCUUGAAAAAGAACAAAUAAAAUAAUGUUUAAAAGUUAAAAAAAAAAGUAGAGCUAGUCAAAUGGAAAGUGGAGCUACAAAAGUUAAAUGAAGAAAAUAAAUCCUUAGAAAUUAGAAUUGGGCAAGUGGAAGCUAAUGCCUCCAUGAGAUGUUAAGGGAAAAAAAAUUUUAAAUCAAAAGAAUAAAUAAAAAAAAAAGUGAAAUAUCUCAUUGGAAAAAUAACUGACCUAGAAUCGAUGCAAGAGAGAUAAUUGAAUGACUGUACAAGCUAAAAGCUAAGAUUAAGAAAAAAAAAAAAAGCUAAAUUCCAGGGCUCUCAUAUUAAGCAGGAAAUACAGCAAACAAUCCCCUGAAUUGAAACAAAAUACAGAUAUUGUGUAGCCACAGUCAUUAUACCACAAGUUUUAGCAGCUUUGAUAUUAAAUGAUUGGUGAAUUUGGAAUAUGAUAUUCCAGAGUGUAAAAGAACUAGGAUUACAAGCAAGUAUCAUCCACCCAGUAAAACUGAGUACAAACAUUCAUGAGGAAAAAAAUGAAUGUUCAGUGAAAUAGAGGUCUCCUCAAGCACUCUUUGUCAAAGGGACAGAGCUGAAAAGAAAAUCUGAUUUUCAAAUAUAAAUCUCAAGAGAUGCAUAAAGGAAAAGAAAUCCUAGAUCAAUCAGUAAAUUUAAGCUGCUUAUGUUCCUACAUGAAAAGAUGAUAUUUAUAAUUCCUAGGAACCUUAUCAUUAGAAGGGCAUGGAUAUGAAUUUAUAAUGAGAUGAAUGCAUAAAAAGUGAAGGGGUGAGAAGGAUGCAUUGGAAGGAGGAAGGGAGAAGUAGAAUGGGGUCCUUUAUCUCACAAAAAAAGAAAGAGCUUUUGAAGUGGAGGGUUAGAUGGAGUUGGGGAGAAGCACUUAAAUUUUAUUGAAAUUUGCUCAAAGGGCAAACAAUAUACACAAUUGAGUAUAGAAAUACACUUUGCCUUCUAAGAGAAUAGGGAAGGGAUAAGAAAAGAGAAUUGGUUAAUUGGAAGAGGCAGUAGUCAGAAGCAAAACACUUGAGAAUGAAAGAAAAGCAAGUAAGAUGAACUGGGGAAUAUAGGAUGGAGGAAAAUACCCAGUUAAUCCUAAUGUCAAAAAAAUCACAGAGGGCAGCUGGGUAGCUCAGUGGAUUGAAAGCUAGCCCUAGAGACGGGAGGUCCUUGUUUCAAAUCUGGCCUCAGACACUUCCCAGCUGUGUGACCCUGGGCAAGUCACUUGACCACCAUUGCCUAGCCCUUACCACUCUUCUGCCUUGGAGCCAAUACACAGUAUUGACUCCAAGAUGGAAGGUAAGGGUUUAAAAAAAAAUCACAGCAAGUUUCUCUAAAUAUGAAGAAUAUAUAUGUAUAUUUAAGGAAAUGAAAGUUAAACUACCUCAGGUACUUACGUUACACCUAUGUGAUUGGCUAAUAGAGAAAAGAAAAAUGACAAAUUGGGGAAAUGGGGAGAAAUUGAGAUGCUUAUGUAUUGUUGGUAGAAGUGAACUGAUUGAAACAUUCCGAAGAACAAUUUAGAAGCUUGCUCAAAAGGUUCUAAAACUGCAAUAUCAUGACCAGGUCUGUAUCCCAAAGAUAUCUUUUUUGGGGAAAAAAAAGGCCUAUUUGUACAAAACUUUCUAGCAGUUCAUUUUGUGAUGGUAAAGAAUUGGAAAUUGAGGGGAUUCCCAUUAAUUGAGGAAUAAAUGAAGUUUUGGUAUAAUGAUUAUGACAAUACUAUUCUGCUAUAAGAAAUGAUGAGGAUAAUUUCAGAAAAAAAAACAACCUGAAAAGCCUUUCAUUAUCUAAUUCAAAGUAAAGUGAGCAGAAUAUGGAGAACAUUGUACACAGUAGUUGCAAUUUUAUUCAGUGAUGAAGUGUGGAUGAAUUAACUAUUCUCAGUAAUACAAUGAUCCAAGACAAUUCUGAAGGACCCUCGAUAAAAAAUGCUACUUCCAAAGAAAACUGAAGGAGUCUGAAUGCAGAUCAAAGUCUACCUUGAUUAGAUUUGCUUUUGUCAGGUCUUGGAAUGCAGGGGGCAAAAGAAUGGCUCAAAUUCUCUUGAAGUGGAGAUUCAAAUCAUGUUACUUCAAGAAGCAUUUCUCAAUCAGUUCUCAUUUAUAAAACACCUACUAAGGGACAAUAGACUAAGUGCUAAGGAUUAAAAAAAAAAAAACAGAUGAAAUGAUUAUACCCUGGAGGAGCUUGCAUUCUAAUGGUUUAAGUCAACAAGCAUUUAUUAAACAUCUGGGACCCCAAGAAAUACUAGGCUCUGGAGAUACCAGGCAUUGAUUAAAAACAAAAACCGGAAACAACUUGCAAAUACUAAAUUCCCUCAAAUCCCAGCAUGCCCACAUGUGCAUUUCCAUUUCUACUAUUAAGGUCUUAGGUCUCAGAAAGGCUGAUUAAGUCCUGCAGCAGAAGUGAGGGCCAAAAUAGGGGGCCUGUCGAGGAGCCUCUAGAAGUUUUACUUCUAUAAAUUUGAAACAUAGGAAUGAGAAAACAAUGGCUGAGGCACUUCCCAGAUACAGCUCAUAGCCUGCUAAAAGGUCUAGCUCAGAAAUUUCCUUACUUCAAUCUGUGGCGCUCCUGAAAGGCUUCUGGGGUCAACAUGAGUUGUAGGUGCUGAUUAAGCAACAAAUCUGGACCCAGAGUCAUAAACAAUUCCAGUCUCGAAGCUACACAGGACAAGAGAGUUUCCAACAAAGCAAUCUGGUUUUCCCACAGGUUCUAAAUAUGCUUCAAGGAGAAGAUGUCCACAAAGGCAUGCCAAACCUCAACAGCAUCAUCAUAGAGUCAUGCUGGCUCCAGAGCUCCCUCCUGAAUUUCACAGGUUGAGUUUUCCAUAUGAUAUCUCAGAAAUGAGGCAAGUCUAAGGGGCUUUCUAAAGGUAUCAGAAACAGAUGCAAGCUUCAAUCUUCUGACAGUGAUAGCAUUUACAAGACUUUUCUCCAGCAAGACUUGUUUUCUGGUAAAAAGCAAAGGGAAUGUUGGCUCUACCGUUUCCCCAUCAAUUAUUGGGAAGACUACUACAAAUGAUCUCAUGUAACCUUGUGCUCUAGGCCUUUCCAUCUCCUUUAUGCCAAAAGGAGAUAAACAACUUUCUCCUUCCAGACUGAAUCCUUUUGGUGACUGACAAACAAGGAAACCAAAUCAGAGACAGUGAAUGCAAUCUCAUGGGCACAUCUGCCAGUGGAGGUAACCUACCCUGGGAGUCAAGUCUUCUGAUUCUCUAGGGAAGAGGGAGGCCUGUGACAACCACUGUUUGAUACAAUUGCUCAGAGAUCUACUUGUGUCAGUCUUCCUAUUGACACUACUGGAAUCACUGAGUAAUAUAGACUGUAUGUGGUUCUACUGGCUCCAUCGAUUUCUUGCUAGAUGGGUACAAUGAGCAAAAAUUGGACCUCCACCCUAUUUGAAUAGCCCUCUGCCCUUCCUAAAUCAAUGAUUUUACCCCUAGACAUUGCUAAUCAGUAUUAUCCUGUUUAAAGACAUUCCAUAAGGGGACUGAUUAUUUCUUGUGUAUUAAAAGACAUUAUUAUACAAUGAGUCAUUUAAGGAUAAUCAACUAAUCCGAAUAUGUAACAGAAUUAAGAAUAAUUAGAGUAGGUUAAAUAGAUCCUAUCUUAUAGUAGAUUUUCAACUUGUCAUUACCAUGUACUUCACUGAGCACAAGAGUGUCCUAACUAGAGGACCUCCAUCGAUGUGGCCUGAUGACUAAGUGGGCAAGGAAGACCCCCAGACCUCCAGCCUGGACGGUCUGAGUACUGGAGAAUAGAAAUGUUCUAAUGGGUUGGAAGGUCCCUGCAAAAUGUAAAAUGUCCCCUUGUUACCAGUCUGUUGGCCAACAUUUAGGUGGGAUUCUGCCUUCUCUGUACAUACAUUUGUAAGUCUAUUACUCAACAAUAGAGGUGGAGAUCUACUAGACCUUUACUCUGUGAACCUCAAAGUGACAGUGGGACCCCCAGGGAGAUUCUGUACUUAGUACUAUCCCAUCUGAACUCUCUGGGAUUUAAAGAUUAUAAACCUUGACUCUGAACAUGAAGUGGUCUCAGAUAGUGGCCAGGUCCAUUUAAUAAAUAGUAAUUGACUCAGAGCUCUGCCUCAGUGACUUUAUAGGUUAGAUCAUUUCUGGUAUUAUAUUAUGGUUACCCCAGAUAGGAUGAUGAGUUGUGGACCUUCUCUAAAUGCUCCAUCCCACUCAAGGUACUCCUCCUCCUUUAAAAAAUAGGAAGCUAGUACCCUGAUAAAUUUUCACCAUUGGCUCAUCCACCAACAAAGACUUGGGUUGGUGGGACUCUGUAUUGUUCCUACCCAAAUUCUCCAAGCUUAAGAUGUCUCCCCAAGGCUACGGAUUGGUGAAUUUACCUGAAAUCACUCCCCUACAACACCCCACAAAUUUAAAGGGGUAAAAGGAGGUCCAAAUUGUACUGAAAGUGACUAUUUGGGUUUAUGACUAAAUUAUUUGAAUUAACCAGCACUUACGUAAAUUGCUUGAAUUAUUUGGCCAUAUUUUCUGCUGUUAAAGCCUAGGUUGAUUUUUUUCCCUCCUUUUUUCUUAUCAGAGCUUAGGAGGUAUAACGGAAUCACUGCUACUGCCACUUUUUCAGCCUCCAACCAGGAAAAUUAACAAACAAAAAAAUAUUUCAAGUUUCAAACAGAUUUUUUACUUGGUAGUGGUCAGGAAUGAAAGUUUUUUUUUUUUUAAAGAAUAUAUACAUUUUACUAACAAAAUGGCAAUGGGUUCAAGUCAAGAACACAUAUGAUACCAGUGGAAUCACGCGUCGGCCACGGGGGGUGGGAGGGAGGAAAAGAAAAUGAUCUUUGUCUUUAAUCAAAAAUGCAUGGAAAUGAUCAAAUAAAAUACUAUAAAAUUAAAAAAAAAGAAUAUAUACAUUUUAUUGAUUAUAAUAUGAAUAAAGUCAUUUUCAGUUAUAUUAGGGUUUCUACUUCAGAUACUGAAGACCUAUGUGUGGCUCAUCUGAGCCCCCCCAGUGGCCCAUUUCAGGAAUUUGAAAUUGGAGAACUUUCUAAAAUAGUUCCCUGAAUCCUAAGAGUAUUCAUUAUAAACCAUACUGAUGCACUCAGUACCUCCAGGAUUAGUGCACCAUCCUUCUAGUUAGAGACGGGUAAUAAGAUAGGGGUACAAACUUCAAAAGUGGAACCUCUAAGACAUUUAGUACUCAGAAUCAUAGCCUUUGGGAAUCCAGUUGUCUCAGAAAAACUUCUGAAGUUGCCCUCUCCUAGGUAGUGAUGUCCACAGGAUGGAGGGUGUUAGGAUCAUAUGUUAAAGGAUUCAGAGAAAUUGUUUUGGCUACAAUUUGAACUUUGUUACUAUUCUAUCCUUGGAAAAUGAUUGGCUUUUAUUGGCUUCCAACCUUCUUGCCCUGUUAUCCCCAGGCCUAUAAGAUGAGCAAGGCAGAAGAAUGAGAACAGCCUACAGCUCCCUAAAACACCUGCAUAAGUAAAAUUUGGCCUUACCUGAGGCAUUCUAUUCUUUGGGGUAAUCCAAGUUAGCAGGUGCUUCCAAGCAUUUGUUUUCAGUCUGUGCUUUUUCGCUUUGGUCUGAUUACCUGGAGAGAAAUGAUUAAAUAAAGCAAACCUUUUUUAAACAUUUUUAUUUGGUCAAUUUCAAACAUUAUUCAUUGAAUACAAAAAUCGUUUUCCUUUACUCCCCUCCCACCACCCCUCCUAUAGCCAACAGGCGAUUCCACUGGGUAUCACAUGUGUCCUUGCUCUGAACCCAUUUCCAUGUUGUUGGUAUUUGCACUAGAGUGUUUAUUUAGAGUCUACAUCCCCAAUCAUAUCCCCUCAGUCCCUGUAGUCAGGCAGUUGCCUUUCCUCAGUGUUUUUACUCCCACAGUUUGUCCUCUCCUUGUGGAUUGUUUUUUGUUUUUUUUUUCUAAUGGAUCCCUGCAGAUUGUUCAAGGAAAUUGCAUUGACACUAAUGGAGAAAUCCAUUACAUUCAAUUGUACCACAGUGUAUCAGUCUCUGUGUACAAUGUUCUCCUGCUUCUGCUCCUCUCACUCUGCAUCACUUCCUGGAGUGUUCCAGUCCCCAUGGAAUACCUCCACUUUAUUAUUCCUUUGAGCACAAUAGGAUUCCAUCACCAACAUAUACCACAAUUUGUUCAGCCAUUCUGUGACCGCAAAAAUAUGGUUUCAAAAUUGUGAGUUGCCAAAACUUUAAAAAUAAUUUUUAGUGUCUUGAUUUCAUAUUAAAAAUAAGUGGUCGCCAUGGGAAACAUUCCCAAAUAUGAAACACCCAAGUCAGCUGGGUUUUAUGGAGAUUUUAAUUAAUACGAAUGAAGGAAUUAAGGGAAAGUAAAGAGACAGAGUAAGAGAAAAUAGCAGGAAAAGGCUAGGGCCUAGGCCAAUGGCCUAGGCCUUUCUUUUUAAGAGAUAAACUAAGCAGUCUUUAAUCACUCACCACAAGAUUUUUUUCCCAAGCAAAAUUCCAAUUCUUCACUGAAAUCCUCAACUCCUGAACUGAGUUCAGAGACCCAGCUCUGACUCCUGACCUCCAAUUCAGCUUUCAAAGCUGAACUUGCCUUCAGAGUCCUCAAGCUCCUUCCUUUUAAAGAAAAUUUUCUCUUGUGUUACCUCCCCUAAAUUUUGACGUCUACCAAUCACAGAUGAAGCUUUUCCUAGGACUGCCCAUUCUUAUUUUUCACCACUCUUUAGUUCUCUCCUCUGGGUAGAUUAUAUCUUCUGAGUACUUCACAUCUCUUUGCUAAGCUUGCCCCUUGUAAGUUGCUUGACCUUUUAGUGAUUAAUUUGACAUUCAUAGGUACUUAGCACCCUUUUUGUAUUAGAUCUAAAAAUAGACCUAGCUUAAGGUUCUACCUUCACUAUAAGUAUGAGUUAAAUAUUUUUUCAUUGUUUAGUAAGGCCUCAUACAAUGUUAUCUUCCCCUAAAAUAUGCCUAAGAAUGGGUGGAGCAAUGUAAAAUUCCCAAUACAUUCCUGAUCAAGUGCCUCCAGAGUCUGAGAAAUUUUAAGAUUCACAAUUCCCCAAUUGAAGAACAUCCCCUGAUUUUCCAGUUUUUUGCCACCACAAUGAGCACAGCUAUGAAUAUUUUUGUACAUGUCUUUUUUUCUUAUUAUCUCUUUAGGGUACAAACCCAGCAAUGCUAUGACUGGAUCAAAGGGCAAACAGUCUUUUAUUGCCCUUUGAGCAUAUUUCCAAAUUGCCUCCCAGAAUGGUUGGAUCCAUUCACAACUCCACCAGCAGUGCAUUAAUGGUCCCUCCAGCAUUCAUUACUUUCAUUUGCUGUCAUGUUAGCCAACCUGCUAGUUGUGAGGUGAUACCUCAGAGUUGUUUUGAUUUGUAUCUCUCUGAUUAUCAGAGAUUUGGAACACUUUUUCAUGUACUUAUUAAUGGUUUGAUUUCUUUCACUGAAAAUUGCCUGUUCAUGGCCCUUGCCCAUGUAUCAAUUGGAGAAUGGCUUGAUUUUUUGUACAAUUGAUUUAAUUCUUUGUAAAUUUGGGUAAUUAAACGUUUGUCAGAGGG